GGACAUGUGGCGGCCAUCCUUCAAACGGGAUAUGAAGAUGCACAUGAAUUGACUACGACGUCGUUUUAAAUCGUUCUCAAGCUUCUCUCUUUUCUUAUCCCCGUGCCACACCAUGCCGAGGACUUCUAUUAACGGAAAAGUGAAUCUAGCGGUGGAUUUGGGAGACCCAUUUCUCAAUCACGUUGUUGAUGGUUUCUUCAAGAUUGGGAGUGUAGCAGUUGGGAAAGUGGCGGUAGAGGAAACAUACCAUGUCGUUGCUCGAGGAAGCGUCUCAAAAAAAAACUUUGAACACUCGCUGAAGAAAAUGUGCAAAGAAGGUGCAUACUGGGGCACGGUUGCUGGACUUUAUGUUGGAAUGGAGUAUGGGGUGGAGAGGAUCCGUGGAACCAGAGACUGGAAAAAUGCGAUGGUUGGCGGUGCGUUGACCGGUGCUCUUGUAUCAGCAGUGGGCAACAACAACAGGGACAAGAUUGUGUUGGAUGCUAUAACUGGAGGUGCUGUUGCCACUGCUGCAGAGUUCAUCAGCUAUCUCACAUAAAGCAUUUCUACAAAUUCUGUUUCCCCUUUACUUAUUUCCUUGUGAGGUAAUAAUAAAUUCUCGCAUCUGUUAUUUGACUCUCUUUAAUAAUAAGUGAUGGCAUGAAAACCCUGUAUUGGUCGCAUGGCGAUCUUUUCCUUAGUUUUCGUACAUAUUGGCUCAA